AAGAAAUUCCCUUUGAUGAGAAAAUUGAGCGACUUAAUUUUUUACAGAAUGAGGCCGAGCAAAGUUCUCUGAAUCCAACGAAAGAGUAUCUGAAAGCCUGCUUUCUCGAGUUUUCUGAAAAUAGGAUUAAUAUCUUACUUUUGGAAAAUGAUAAUAAUGCUGAGAUAGCAUUCUGA